AUGGGCGAUGACUAUGAUGACUGGGGCCAUCCGAUCGAGCCUCGCUUCAAAGCGCGAGACCAAACAUUUCUCGGGGCCUUGAAAACAUACUAUAUUCUCGUCACCCGGAGGUACAGGACACUCUUCGCCACCAUAUUAUUCGCAAUAUGUCUUUUGCUAUACUGGAAUACCACGGAUAGUAGCUCGAGAGCUCCUCCGGUAGAUUGGAAGAGCUUUGCCUACGUGCAGUAAGUCCAACAACCCCAAGACUUGCGAAAUUGUGACCUUGGUCCGUUAACCAACACGCUCCAUCUAGAUAUGUAACGGACAACCACAACCUCUGCAACGCCUACAUGGUCUUCGAAGCCCUCCACCGCCACGGAAGCAAAGCCGACCGCGUCCUCCUCUACCCGGACACCUGGGACCUCGAAGACGACACCCCGACCGACCGCAACUCGCAACUCCUCAUCCGCGCCCAGAAACUCUACUCCGUAAAACUAAAACCCGUCUCCCUCCUCUCCAUCGAAGGCCCCAACGCAUCCCCGGGAACGCUCAACGCCCCCUCCUCCUGGAGCACCUCCAUCACCAAACUGCGCGCCUUCGAACUCGUCGAAUACGACCGCGUCCUGCACCUCGACUCGGACAUCACCCUCCUGCAGAACCUCGACGACCUCUUCCUCCUCCCCCCCACCCCCAUCGCCAUGCCCCGCGCCUACUGGAGCGAAGAGAAACCCCAACCCCUAACCUCCCUCCUCAUGCUCCUCGAACCCAACCCCCUCGAACUGAAAAACUUCCUCGACAUCCUGCAAUCCUGGAAACUCGCCCCCAACUUCCAAGCCGGCAGGAACUACGACAUGGACCUCCUGAACCACCGCUUCGCACACUCCGCCCUCGUCCUGCCCCAUCGCCCCUACGCCAUGCUCUCCGCCGAAUUCCGCUCCCACGACCAUAAACCCUACAUGGGCUCCCUCAACGCGCCCCGCGACACCUAUUCCAAGUACGACUGGGAUGCCCAGCGGCAGUACGCGGAAGCCAAACUGGUGCACUUCUCCGACUGGCCGCUGCCGAAACCCUGGGUCAUGUGGCCGCACGAGGGCGUGGCGGAGAUGCAGCCCGACUGCGGCGGCGAGGCGACGCAUUGCAUGGAGCGGGAGAUCUGGAAGGGCCUCUAUGACGAUUUUCGACACAGGAGGAAGGAUCUGUGUCGGAUUCUGAGCGUGCCGGCGCCCAAGUGGGAUGAUAUCAAGAAUGGGACCAAGGCGUGA